AUGACUCUGGCUAAGUUUGCCUCGGCUUCAUCUGGACCUCUGUCCCAUUCCCACAACUUGUCUAUCAACUCAGUGUCUUCGAUCGUCGAGCCUACCACCCCGCCAGCAUCGACAGCUUCUUCCAAGCUAUGGGAUUCGAACAAGUUGAACGCGAAUUUGGCCUUGCCGACCUUCAACUUGGACACACAUGAUCUGCCAGAUCAUCGUGGCCAUGUGCGCCAGUAUCUGGUAGACUCGCUCUCUUUGGACAAGGAAAGCCACCCGGCCCAAUUUGUUGUGCUGCCUGUCAAGAUCGACAAAGACUACUUGGCUCUGAUCAACAAGGUGCCGUUGUCCCGGUUGACUGAUGAAAUUUUCCGCUUGGCCAAAGAUCAGCAUGGAUGUCGCUUUCUUCAGAAAAGAAUCGACGAAAACAUCGUCCUGAACCCCCAAAUGCGUAUGGCCAACUUCGAUAUUAUCUUUGGCCAGGUUCAUCCAAUGUUUUACGAGUUGAUUAUCGAUCCAUUUGGCAACUACUUGAUCCAGAAACUACUUGACUACUGUGAUGAAGACAAUUUGAACUUGAUUCUUGAAACCUUGCAGUUCAAUUUGUUUCUGAUCUCCAUAAACCAGCAUGGCACGCGUGCUUUGCAGAAGAUCAUCGAUCGGAUGAAUAAUGCAUACCAGUUGCUGUUGUUAGUGAAGGGGUUGAAGCCCUAUAUCAUCGAAUUAAUCAAAGACUUGAACGGGAACCACGUGAUCCAGAAGAUCUUGAACAAAUACUCUCCUGAAAACUGUCAAUUUAUCUAUGAUUCUAUCAUCUCAGACUUGUUGGUAGUUGCCACUCACAAACACGGUUGCUGUGUGCUCCAGAAGUGCUUGAACCACGUAAACGCACCUCAAUUGACUGCAUUUUCCAAUGAGAUCUUGACUUACGACAACUUCACCCGUUUAGUAAAUGACCAAUUUGGCAAUUACGUCUUGCAAUAUCUCGUGUCAAUUGACUCUAUGGACGUGAAUUAUCGCCUUUACAACAACUUUGUCAAGUUUGGUAUCGACGAUUUGUGUAACUUGAAGUUUUCAUCCAAUGUCAUCGAGAAGUUGAUGAAGAACUGCUACAACAACGAGCAGAAGCUGAUUGAAUUCUCUAACUUGAAGUUUACUAUCAUCAUGCUGAUCUUGAAAGCUGAUGUUAGCAAGCUUAUUAAUGACCCAUAUGGAAAUUAUGUGAUUCAAACGUUGAUUGACAUCAUGAUAAACCCUAAUGUUGUGUAUUUUGUCGAGCUGCCAACAAACGAGCGGGUUCUCUUGCCAAGCUUGCAGAUGCUUCUUUUGGAUAACUUUCCAUUGGCUACUGAGUCGUUGCAGGUGCAGAUAAUCAAGAUCUGGUUUCAAAACUGCAAGAUCGUUUCCUCAUUUGGCAAGCGAAUCCAACUGAAGAUCAACAUUAUUUUGAAUGGAGUGACCAAGGCCUCGCACCGCAAGCCCUUGAACAAUCAUCAAACUAACAUGCCAUACCACGUUAUGGGCACAAACCAAAGUAUGAAUGCUAGUGGGGAGUUUGUCAAGAUAGACCCUACAAUGCCAGUCAUGAAUGGUUACCAAACCCGCAGCUUGAGUUUGGAUAACUCUAUCCCGUUAACUCGCCACCACAAUAAGGGUGCAUUCAGAGGGGCAAGUCAAACUCCAGUCCAACAACAAUACAACUAUUAUGAUGGUUAUGCAUUGAAUCGUAAUAUGUUGAAUGUGCAUAAUGCAAAGGCAGCCCCUAGAAACACUCCACGCCAUUACGAUCCCUCCAGAUCAUUGAGUUUUUCUACCGAAGCCGGGCUAGCCAAUUUGCAUAUUUCCAACCCACCGCAUCCGAAGACCACUGUACCAUAUGCUAAAGUCAACCAGACAAUGACCAACUUUAGUUCUAAUGAAUUUAUGACCGGUGUUGGAGAACUUUCUCAGGAUUUCCCUGUUCAUGUGGGCGGAGAUGGUUUCAGACAAAUUCCUGAUCGGUAUGCCAGAAACAAUGAGAAUAUGAGACAUGAUCAUUUUGGCUACAUGUCUCCCAGCACUACUCAUUCAAAGUUUCCAGUCCACCAAAGAUACCUGUCUGACACAACCCCCUUUAAUGUUCAGGGAAACAUAAGGUUAUUCCAAGGUUAA